AUGGCAACUGUCUCGAUGCCUAGACAGCCUUUUGGUGUGCUCGACAGUCCUCGUCUGGCUCAUCUGUCUGGUAUCAAGAACCGUCAGAAUGGUAUCGUGGAUGCAGGCAUAGUCAAGACUCCUAGUCCAUUGUCUGGCAAGGCAAAGAUGGUUAUUCCGACGUCCUCACCGAGUCUGAAGCCUUCUGCGAAGCGUCGCAUCACUCCUUCCUUUGAUCCUUUCGACGGACAAAACGACGACGCCGAAAAUGUCAAUCCCAACAUGCUCCUGUCUCCAACGAAGCGCACCAAGAUGGACACUCCCUCGACCACACUCAAGCCUAAAGGCCUAAGCACCUUGCCGUCCUCGUUCAACUUCACCUUCAACCCUACCAAAACGACACCUAAAACUUCCAUGCCUCCUCCAGCCACCGUUCCUUCUCGUCUAUCCACUCCUAUGAAAUACUCUGGUGUGACCAAGCCUUCCACAAGGACACCCCUCACUGCUCCUGCUGGAAGAUCUCCCAAGUCAAAACGCGAUCGUCGCAGACUCAGCGUCCACACUCCCGUCAUCUCUCGUCCAUCUGCUCGUACCGGACUGCCUUUCAGCAUUGAUGCUGCUCUCACUGCCUCGCUGAAGGCUCCUGCCCCUGCUGCUGCUUUGCCGAAGCCUGCCACCUCUCUUGAAGAAUCAAUGCCCAGCUCGUGGUUCUUUGCUAUCCACGAGGACACUCCCGAGGAAGAAGCCGAGAAUCUUAUGGAGCACUCUACCCUGACCUUGGACAUCUCUUCCGACGAUGAGUCCGCGGCAAAGGCGAACGAGGAUCGAGGCAAGGAGAAUGUUGCUCCUGCUGACUACGAUCCUGUCGCUUCUUCAGCUUCCUCUCCUCGUCCAUCUCGUCGUUCACGGAAGUCACCCGCUGACAUGGAGACCGACGAGGCUUCACGUGCACCUCUUGGCUCACUUGACACAGCCGAGUUCAUUCCGGAAGGUUUGACAAAAGACUCUGUCGUCGUCAUCAACGAACUUCCGGAGACGUGCACAUUCGAAGCACCCGUCGAGAAGCAAGAUCUCGAAUGCACCCCACCAAUCGUCAUCUCUCCACCCAAGAAGUCAUGCUUGUCAAACCUCAAGGAUGAAAUUUUCAUCUUCGAAGACGAAUCUGCUAGUCCUGCCCCCUCUACGGGCGGAAAACGUAAGAGAAGCGCCGAAGAUGAUGACGACGAGUGA